ACAUUUUUCUCAGUUCCAUGUUUGCUUCACUUCGAGAACGUCGCUUACCAACUGCUACUUAUCCUCUUCGGGGCCUUGCUCAUUUUCUUCAUCACCCUUCUUCUUCAGCAGGGCCUAUAGCACUUUCUAUUGUCAAAGUUAUCACAGCUAGCUCUCUUGCUAUUUUUCCUUUGUACAGAUAUGGCUAUUCGUUUCAGAAAGGUUUAUUAGCUAUUGCUUACAAGAAUUUGUUUUUGAGAGGUGAAUCUCCUUCCUAUCUCUCCUCGCUUCUUAUUACAGCAACCAGUGUGCUUAUAUGCUUGGCAGAAACUUCAGCUAUCACGUUACAAUUGGGUGAAUAUUUUGUGGGAAGCGUGCGUACCCGUGUCUUUGACUCUGUUCUCAGAGAAAGAAAAGCUUUACCCACAGGCGAUGUAUCCGCAAUAUCCGAAAAAGUGGGCGGAGCAGCUGUUGAUCCAGCCAUGCCCAAAUACCAUUUUCUUUCGCCUUAUAACCUUAUGAUUGUUAGUGCCCAAGAAGAUAAUGAUUGGCCUAUUUUUUUCUUGCGAUCGGCUUUGUUUGUCUUGACAUUACCAUUAAAUGCUGUUCCUGUAAUUGGACCUAUUUGUUUUGUAAAUAUUCAAGCUUUGUUCCGUGGUGGUCAGGCACAUCAAAGAUACUUUCAGCUGUACAAAUGGACACCUGUUCAACGUCAGCGCCGAAUUGAGUUGCAUUUUUGGCAAUAUCAACGAUUUGGUUUGGUAGCUACUCUCUUGGAAAUGAUUCCAUUUGCCGGCUACUUGUUUAUUUAUACAAAUCAAAUUGGUGCUGCCAUGUGGGCUAUGGAUUUACAUGAUCUGAAACUUUUAGAGCCAACUUCUUCCAAGAAGGACUAAUUGGCCAGAGUUUUUUAUUUUGUAUGAUAAUGUAUAUAAUAAACUAUGAACCAAAAGUAUUCUAGUGGAGCAUCAUCCAUCCCGGAAUGUCAGUCAAUUUUUGUUGUUGUUGUUAUUGACACUGCACAACAGAUAAACAAAAAGUUUUAUGUAGAGACCUAAAUAUCUUGAUCUUUGCAAAGCAGCUUUAAUGUUAUUAUCAGAUUUAUUUCAAGGACAACCCUGUGAAGCAAAAUAUACUUUUAUUUGCAACCUUAAAAAAA